GGGGGGCUAGACAGAUCAGCCACUGUUGUACUGUACUAGUGUACGUCUAGGAGUCACGAAUUAAUUAAGUCGCGUGACUAACCACGCCCUUUAGCGUGCGGUAGGGUUGAUAAAUUUGCUUCCGUCCUGCCAACAAUCCAUGUCUAGCCUGUAGCUUUGGGGAAAUGAUGACUUUGAAGGGAGUGCUACGAGCUGCUGUUGUUGUUGCUGCGUUGGCCUUUGGGUUCCGAUGGGCUGCGGAAACGUCGAUUAUAGCGUCUUUUGAUCUUGACAUUCUAAUCAACGUUCCUCCUCGUACAGUCAUGGAUUUCUUCGUCAAAAAUCCUGAUUGGCGAUUUCUUCGGGACUCCUCGCUGCUUACCACCCCAUGGAAUGUAGUCAGUACAGUUCAUGAAUCUGAGUUGGUCACACAACAUAAUAUCACACUCUCUGAGUCUGUACCUGUCCUCAACAAAAUUGAUUUCACUGUGACCACGACAUGUGACCGUGGCCAGAAUGUUGUGUGGGUAAGAGCAAGAGGAACCGCUUGGAGUGGUGUGGUGACUCUGAUUCCGUACGUGAAAUAUUCCAUUCAUACUGUGGAUAGUGUGAAGACUUACUUUGUGGAGCAAUACGAAAUUUCCGGACCGAGAUUUUUGGGUGCAUUCCACAAGACUACGAGAGAAAUCGCCGAACGUGAGCACAAAGUCAUGUUGAAAAACUUGAAAAAAACACUGGAGGAAAGAUCGAUAAAAGAGCAGGCAACUGUUGAUGAUGAUGACAGUUGAACUACCAGCCUUCAUCUGUCUGUAUUGAGGACAUGAAAUAUUUUUGUUACUAUAGACUCACUCCUGUACGUGAUUGCAAGUUUAUGAGCAAGUGUUACAAAUGUAGUUAUAUAUCAUGUUUAAUUAGGCUCUAUCUUAUAAUACUAAUAAUAAUA